GUUCCUGUUGCAUGUAAAUCAUGUCCCUGUGGCUACAUAUUUAUUAGUCGAAAACUCUUGCAUGCUAAACGUGCUGAGAGAUCGCCACCCAUUACAGAUAACAAGAGUGAGGCCAAAAGGAGACGGACAGAGAGAGUUAAGCGAGAGAAGAUAAAUUCUGCAGUAAAUAAAGACUUAGAAAACCGAAAAAGAUCCAGGUCUAACAGCCACUCAGAUCAUAGCAGACGGGGAAGAGGACGACCUAAGAGUGCCUCAGCAAAAAAGCACGACGAAGAAAGAGAGAAACAAGAAAAAGAAGUUGACAUGUAUGCUAACCUUUCAGAUGAAAAGGCCUUCGUAUUUUCAGUGGCCUUGGCGGAAAUAAACAGAAAAAUUAUCAAUCAAAGACUUAUUCUGUGACUUGUAAGCACAGUCUGAUGCAUUUACAUGCAGAAUGGCUAGCGUAUUUCCAAGGUGUCGUGGACUCUCGGGAAGUGUGUUGUCUGCACCGACAAGAACCAUAGUAUUUCCUCUUAAAAUUCUGCUACUGUUCUUGGAAAUCAAAUUCUGUUUCUACAAGUCAGAAAAAGUGUUCACAAGAUUGUGCUGUGAAAAAUCAGAAGGCAGAUAUGUUUUACACCUUGAAGACAAAUGCUAGACAAAUGCACAGAGAGACUGCACUCAUUCCAGAGCACUUCUUUUAAAUUUGUUGCCAGAAAUGCAAUAUUUUAAAUAUUUUCAGAAAUAAAUGAUUUUCCUUUAAAAUUAUAUAUUUCAGAUUUUUUCAGCUAUAUUGCAGUUUAUGUAUGUACAGUUCACAUAACUUUUUAAUAAAUUGAUAUUCCAAUA